AUGGCUGAAUCUGUUAGCAUUGACAAGAAAAACCUGCCUGGAGUCAAAGAGGUUUGCCGUGACUUUGCCGUGCUUGAAGACCACAGCCUGGCAUACAACCUCCAAGAACAAGAAAUUGAGAGCCACUUGGCUUCCAACGUCCACAAGAGUCGUCUGGUGCAGCAGGACCUGCAGGUGGCCAAAAGACUGCAAAAAGAAGAGGAUCUGAGGGCAAAGGUUCAGAGCAGGAAGCAGAAGACUGUUAUUGAGCGUCAAGACACUGAGAUCGCUCAUGAGAUUCAGGAAGAACUAGUCCGACAGGAAGAGUGGCAGCGACAGCAAGAAGAGAAGGAUGCUGCCAUUGCUCGAAAACUCUACGAGAAGGAGAUGAAAGAGGAGAGAAAGAGACAAAAGCAUCUGGAAUCAAACGUUGAUGAGUGCUUUGAGGAUCAAGGAGGGACGAAAGACAACAACAGAAACGACUACUCCUCCACUGAAUCCAAACGCAGCAGGUACCCCAAAGGUGAUGCCGCAGCCCCCCACGGCCACUCAAAGCACUUCCCCGAGGCCGAAAGCAGUCGAAGCAGACACGCAGACCCCUAUCCUGAGCACCUGCUGCCUCCAAGAGGAAAACAUGGAGAAACAUGCCCAGACUAUGUCCCGACAGAGACAGGCCGACGCCACACAGCGGACAGCAACGUGGUAGUGAGGAGAAGAGAGAAGCCGACCAGACCCCCUCCUCCUCAAACCACCAGGGAAAGAGACAAAAGCUGGGAGCGGGACCGACGGUAUGAUCGAUAUGAGAGUGGAGGGCACGACAGGGGUCUCAGUGCUGAUCGGCUCCAGAGCAAGGAGCGGCACAGGCACAAAGACCCUCACAGAGCACGGACACGUAGCAGAGACAGAGUCCUGGACACGGACUACUACGACACCAGUCCUGAUCUGAGGAGGAACAGGGCGUCCUGGAAGGAGGAGGAGCUGGAGCAGGAGAGAAGGGAAAGAGGCCGUCGGAGAGCAGAGUCGAGCCCUGAUGACGUCUUUGUGGAGACCAGGGAGGACUGGGAGGGUCCUGUCAGAGAGAGGGUGCACUCUCGCCCAUACGCAGACACAGGCAGUGCAGAAGUUGUUUCAGAGAAUGAUUCCAAACUGACGGAAGCCACGAUGGGCCUGACCAAACUGGACAUCAAUGAUCAGGAGCAGCAGGACCGAGAAGUGGCCAGGCAGCUUCAGCUAAAAGAACUUCAUACAAACACUAUGGUUUCACGUGCUGCACAAGUUGCACAAGAUGAAGAGAUUGCACGCCUGCUAAUGGAACAAGAGAAGAAAGAAUUCAAAAGACAGCGUGAGCGAGAGAAGGAGAGGCAGCGGGAAAAGGAGAAGGAGCGAGACCGGAUGGCAGCGGAGAGAAAGAGAUAUGAAGCAGAAUAUCGCCCAAAUUCAGAGGAAGUAGUUCGGCCAAGGACACGAGACGAACAUGAAUACCAGAGACAGAAAAACCACAAUAAACCUUCCAGGCCUCCUCAGCCCCGGUCACACGACUACGCCAACUCAAACCCUGCUUACAGCUAUCCAGACCAGCCCCUCCCCCCGCGGGCCCCCAACAGACCAGAGCCUACAUGCAGAGGUGCCUAUUACAAGCGCACCUGUCCUGAUAACGAACCUGUCCCGUGGUGGUCCUUCUCCUCUGGGACGGUCCUGUGUAGGAAAGGGCUAAACUGCCACUGUAGCUCUGCUCCCAUGGCUCACCUGGCAGGAAGAGCAGGCCGUUUGUCCCCAGGCCUCAGAGCUCAGCCUGCUGCAGGAAUGACACCCGACCAGCUCCUGCUCAGGGAGUCACCCUCCACAAGUCCUCACAUGGCCCGGGCCCAAGCCAAACGACACGGAACUGCUCUGACUACAGUGACAGUGUUCUGA